AUGUCGGCUCCGUUGCACAACAACGAGCACGGCGCUCAACCUGAGGUCGUCGAGGAGAAGCACGCCGCGCCUCCCGCCGCCGCCCAGGCCACCGCGGCUGCUCCCCAGCAGGAGGGCGCCGCACCCGCCGCUCCCACCGAGAAGAAGGCCGGUCGCUUCGACAAGACCUUUGAGGAGGAGCGCGAGGUCAAGCAUGCCCUCGUCGACAUGAGCACCAUCGAGCUCAAGGCCGAGGACUUGUACGACAAGGACAAGGUCGACCUCGAGCAGGUCGAGAUGGAGGACGUCUGGACCCUCCUCCAGUGCAAGGAGGACGGUCUCACCAACGCCGAGGCCGAGCGCCGUCGCGGCAUCUUUGGCCCCAACAAGCUCGAGCACAAGGAGACCUCGGUCCUCCUUCAGUUCCUCUCCUUCAUGUGGAACCCGCUCUCGUGGGUCAUGGAGGGCGCCGCGCUCGUCGCCAUCGCGCUCUCGAACGGUGAGGGCCGCGCGCCCGACUGGCAGGACUUUGUCGGCAUCGUCCUCCUCUUGUUCAUCAACUCGACCAUCGGUUUCUACGAGGAGCGCUCGGCCGGCAACGCCGUCAAGGCGCUCAUGGAGUCGCUCGCGCCCAAGGCCAAGUGCAAGCGCGACGGCACCUGGAUCGAAAUUGAGUCGUCCGACCUCGUCCCGGGAGACGUCAUCUCGUUCAAGAUUGGCGACAUCGUCCCCGCCGACUGCCGCCUCUACGACGCCAUCAACGUCUCGAUCGACCAGGCCGGUCUCACGGGCGAGUCGCUCCCGCAGGGCAAGAAGGUCGGAGACCAGUGCUUCUCGUCGUCCAUCUGCAAGCAGGGUGAGGCCGAGGGCGUCGUCAUCGCCACGGGCGCCAACACGUUCUUUGGUCGCGCCGCGUCCCUCGUCGGCGCCGACGACGACUCGACCGGCCACUUGCAGCAGAUCCUCGCCCAGAUCGGUCUCUUCUGCCUCGUCUCGAUCGGCAUCUUUAUCCUCCUCGAGAUUCUCAUCCUCUACCCGCGCUUCCACUACUCGUACCGCCGCGGACUCGACAACAUCCUCGUCCUCUUGAUCGGUGGCAUCCCCAUCGCCAUGCCCACCGUCUUGUCGGUCACGCUCGCCGUCGGCGCCCAGCAGCUCGCCAAGUACAAGGCCAUCGUCACCCGCAUCACCGCCAUCGAGGAGCUCGCCGGUGUCACGAUCCUCUGCUCGGACAAGACGGGCACGCUCACCACCAACAAGCUCACGAUCGACAAGUCGACCCUCAAGACGUACUCGAGCUUCAACGCCGACGAGGUCAUCCUCUACGCCGCGUACGCCUCGCGCACCGAGAACAUGGACGCCAUCGACACGUGCGUUACCGGCGCGCUCCCUUCCGUCGCCGACGCCCGCGCCGGCAUCAAGCUCCUCGACUUCAAGCCGUUCAACCCCGUCGACAAGCGCACCGAGAUCACCUACACCGUUGACGCGACGGGCGAGAUGAAGCGCGCGACCAAGGGCAUGACGGGCAUCAUCAUCGAGCUCUGCUCGCGCAACAAGACGGCCGAGGUCGAGGACCAGCUCGAGAAGGACGUCGAGGAGUACGCCGCGCGUGGACUCCGCGCCCUCGCCGUCGCCGUCGAGGACGUCCCCUCGGGCAACAAGGACGAGCCCGGAAACGGUUUCGAGUUGAUCGGCCUCCUCGCCAUCUUUGACCCGCCCCGCGACGACACCAAGCAGACUAUCGACGAGGCCAUCGCCCUCGGCGUCCGCGUCAAGAUGGUCACCGGUGACCAGCUCGCCAUCGCCAAGGAGACUGGACGUCGUCUCGGACUCGGUGACCACAUGUACCCCGCCAAGGUCCUCCAGACCGGCGGCUUCCCCGAGGGCGGCAAGCACAUGAACCUCGACGAGAUGAUCCUCGACGCCGACGGUUUCGCCGGUGUCUUCCCCGAGCACAAGUACGAGAUUGUCAAGCGCCUCCAGGGUCUCGGCCACCUCUGCGCCAUGACUGGCGACGGCGCGAACGACGCGCCCGCGCUCUCGCGCGCCAACGUCGGUAUCGCCGUCGAGGGCGCGACCGACGCCGCCCGUGGCGCCGCCGACAUCGUCCUCACCGAGCCCGGUCUCUCGACCAUCGUCCACGCCAUCCGCCAGUCGCGCGUCAUCUUCCAGCGCAUGCGCAACUACUCGAUCUACGCCUGCGCCGUCACGAUCCGUAUCGUCGUCGGUUUCGCCGUCAUGGCCUUUGCGUUCCAGUUCGACUUCCCGCCGUUCAUGGUUUUGAUCAUUGCCCUCCUCAACGACGGUACCAUCAUGACCCUCUCGCUCGACCGCGUCUUGCCCUCGACCACGCCCGACUCGUGGGACCUCGGCGAGAUCUUCACGUACGCGUUCGCCUACGGUCUCUACCUCGCUGCCGGCACGAUCGCCUUCUACUGCGUGAUCAUCUACACCACUUUCUUCACCCGCAAGUUUGGCGUCAACGACAUCACCGACCACAACGACCCCGACGUCCACAUGAUCAUCUACCUCCAGGUCGCUCAGAUCUCGCAGGCGCUCAUCUUUGUCACUCGCUCGCACUCGUUCUUCUUCAUGGAGCGCCCGUCGGUUGCGUUGUUCCUCGCGUUCUGCUUGGCCCAGCUCAUCUCGUCGAUCAUUGCUGCCUACGGCAACUGGGGCUUCACCAACGUUCGCGGUGUUUCGGGCGGAUGGAUCGGCAUCACCUGGAUCUGGAACAUCAUCUGGUUCUUCCCGCUCGACUUUGUCAAGUUCGGUGUUCGCGCUGGUGUCCGCGCCUGGAACCGUCGUCGCGGAAAGACUCCUCAGGCCAUCAAGCCGGUCGAGGGUGUCCCCAUGACCCGCACCCAGUCCCGUCACGAGUCGCUCUACUCGAACCGCACUUCGUUCCUCCGCCGCGCGCAGCGCUCUGUUGGCCUCGGACGCAAGGUGCAUGUUAGUAACCAAGACCUCCAAAGGUUCGGCAGUCACCAGGCGUCCGCCUCUGGCGCCGCCCUCCGCGCAUAA